AUGUUCAAGAGAUUAUAUACAUCAUCAUCAAACUUUGUCAAGAUGGCUACUUUUAACAAUUCCUUUUUAAUGAACCACACAUGUCUUCGUAUCAAAGAUCCUAAAGUUUCUGUUCCAUUUUAUACUGAAAAUUUCGGUAUGAAAUUGAUUGCUACUUUCCCAUUCAAGGAUUUUACAUUGUACAUGUUAAAUUAUGAAACUGAAGAAAACAAGAACCUCAAUUGGUCAGCAAGAGAAGGGGUUUUGGAAUUGUGCCACAACCAUGGGGUUGAAAAUGAUCCAGAAUACAAGUUAAAUAAUGGUAAUGGAGAGAAAGAUCGUGGUUUCGGACAUAUUUGUGUAUCCGUUGAUAACAUUGAAGCUUUCCAAGAUAAAUUAUUGAAUAAUGGUGUUAAGUUCCAAAAGAAGUUGUCUGACGGAAGACAAAAGAAUAUUGCCUUUGCAUUGGAUCCAAACGGUUAUUGGAUCGAAUUGAUUGAACACGGAGUUAACAAAGUUGAAGCCAAAACAGACGCAUCAUCCUACAAAUUGAAUCAUACCAUGAUCAGAGUUAAGGACCCAAAGAAAUCCUUAGAAUUCUACCGUGAUAUCUUGGGAUUUAAAUUGUUAUCUACUAGAGAGUUCCCUGAAGCCAAAUUUACAUUAUACUUUUUGGGUUAUGAACAUGAUCCAAACUUUAAACAAGAUUCAAUGACAAGAGACGACCAAGCGAGAUUGGAAAGUAUCAUUGAAUUAACUCACAAUUGGGGAACUGAAUCUGAUCCGGAAUUCAAGGGUUAUCACAACGGUAACAGCACCGAGAAUGGCGCUAUCCAAGGUUAUGGACACACCUGUGUCAGUUGCGAAGACCCAGCUAAAUUCUGUGAAGAGUUGGUCAACAAGUUUGGUGACAAAUUGGAUUGGUCAUUGAAAUGGGAUCAAGGUAACAUUAAGAAAAUUGCUUUUAUCAGAGAUCCAGAUGGCUAUUCAAUUGAAAUUUUGGGUCAUGACUUGUUUGCUGAUAAACAAGCCAAUUUGUAA